AUGAUCGACCCUGCCCGAGGCCUCACGAUGAGAGCCUUCCGCACCCAAUGCCGUUUUGCGAGCUCUACACCUCGAACUCCCCGCCCUCAUAUCAAGACACAACCAGCAUCUCGACCCCCACCAAAGGUCUCGAAGACAUACAAACCUCAACCUCGACCUCAACAUCUUACAAAAGCUUCUCCGACCUCAUCCUCAUCCUCGUCCUCUACAUCCUCGACAGCUCCCAAACAAGCCGAAACCCUCCUCGAUCUCUGGCGUGCAACAUGGCUUCCUCUGACAGGAGCAGCUCUACUCGCUGGCGCACUCGGUUUCUACAUAUUCGGUACAGCUGCCGCAUCCUUCAAAGCGACACCUUGCAGCGGCGCAUGCGAACACUCUACCCCGACCGGCCGACCACCAGCCCUCGAUGGCGAUAAUGCAGAGCAAUUCGAUAAGGAGCUCACUCUUCCCGAAUGGUGGAUGGGUAUCACGAAGCUACGAAAGCGUAUAGCAGAGCACGCGGACGGGCAUGUACUGGAGCUGGCUAUGGGCACUGGUCGUAACUUGGAAUACUUCAACUGGGAGCCACUUAACAAGCGCGUGGAGGGUAAACUCAGCAAAGUCGGCGGUAAGAUCCCUCGAGGGGUCUUGUCAUUCACUGGUCUCGAUAUCUCGGUCGAUAUGCUGGAUGUAGCUCGAAAACGCCUUGUCAAGACCGUUCCCCCCAUGGAGUCGUCCGCUCCCAUCGUCCGCGCAUCGACUAUGGCUGACCAUACUGGUGGGCAACUGUCCUACCUCAACGAUCAACUCCGACUGAUUCAUUCCGAUGCACACCAUCCGAUUCCCGGGCCCGCGAGCCCUGCGACCACGAAAUACGAUACAGUCAUCCAGACAUUUGGUCUAUGUUCCGUCUCUGAUCCUGUUGCUGUCGUCAACAACCUGGCCAAGGUCGUUAAGCCAGGCUCGGGUCGCAUCAUCCUCCUUGAGCACGGUAAAGGCUGGUAUGGAAUCGUCAACGGCCUUCUCGAUCGAAAUGCAGGCAAACAUUUUGAAAAGUACGGCUGUUGGUGGAAUCGCGACAUCGAGGACCUCGUCGAACAGGCAGCGAGCAAAACACCAGGCCUUGAAAUCAUCAAGGUCGAACGACCCAACAUUCUCCAAAUGGGCACCUUGGUUUGGAUCGAACUGCGAGUCAACGACAAAACCUCAUAA